CAUGAAUGAGCACUCUUUGUUGUGGUUAGACAAUAAAAAUCAGCUGUUGCAGAAAACGUACUGUGAUCAUUAGAUGUGAAUAAAUCGUAUACAGAUGUUAAGGUCACUAUUUUAGGACAUAAAAAAACAAUGGAUUCAACUCCUAGAAAGAAGAGUCCCGACGCUUCCAAAGCCAUGGAAAAGUUUGACAUUAAAAUUGAGAGAUCCAAGCCUUGUGUGUUAGAGGAGAUUGUGGAUCUACUGAAGAAGUUCCUAGAGUACUGUUUGUGGUGUUUGACAUGUGGAUGUUAUCACAGACCGUCAGACUCAAAGUCUUUCAAUGGAAACGGAUAUGAGAUGAUUCUGUUGGACAGUGAGAAGAAAGCUGUGCAGAAUCUUCUACAUUAUAUGGAGUUAGAAGCCAGUGGUGAUCCAGUAUUAACAGAGGAACACAUCAGGGCCAUGUGUAUAUUAACAUACUCAGAUAAUGAAGAAUUACAGAAAUCUGCUGCUUUAUGUUUUACAGAAGUCAGUGAAAGAAUGUCAGCACCUCUGACAAUACCUAUAGCACGCCCUCUGGUGGAGCUUCUGAGAUCACGGGAUAUUCAAGUACAGAAAGCAGCAACUUUAGCUGUCAGUAACUUCUGCAUGAUUGGACCUGGUCAGAAUAAAGAGGUCUUAGUUACAUGUGGAGUUAUCCCCCCUCUCGUCCAACUUUUACAUUCUAGGAAUGUUGAGGUACAGUGCAAUACUUGUGGUUGUAUAACAUCUUUGGCUACCUCAGAUUCAAACAAACAGUUGAUUGUGAAUAACCAUGGAAUUAGGCCAUUGAUAAAUCUGAUGAAGUCCACAGAUAUACGUGUUCAAAGAAAUGCUGCUGGAGCUAUACUUAAUCUCACCCACCAACAAUCUUACAGAAACGACUUAGUUACAAAAGGUGCUAUACCAGUAUUAAUUGAUAUUCUACACUCUAGUGAUAUUGAUGUACAGUAUUAUGUAGCGGCAUCCCUCAGUAACCUCGCUGUCAAUGACAAACACCGCACUAUGAUGACCGCCAUUGGACAUUAUGCUGUGAUAAAACAAUUGGUCAAGUUAAUGUCCACUAAAAAGGACAGGGUUAAAUGCCAAGCAUGUUUUGCUCUCAGGAAUAUUGCGUCUGAUGAUGAAAAUCAGAUUAUUAUAGUACAAUUUGGAGCUUUACCACACUUACACAAUAUAAUCAAGUCAAAAGCCUCACAUAAAGACACGCUUGGUGCUGCUGUGGCCUGUCUCAGGAACCUAUCCAUACAUAGAGCUAAUGAGAUACCACUGAUUUCAGAAAAGAUAAUCCCAGAUUUACGUCCUAUUUUAUGUGAUAGUUCAAACUCGGAAGCUCAGAGGCAUGCUGCAGGGACACUCAGGAAUCUUGCUGUUGGGGAUCACCACAGGAUCAUAAUAGACAAUGAUUGUAUCGAAGCAAUGACAUUUGUUCUCAUGGACAUGGACACAAAACUUACAGUGCUAGCAGAAAUAACAGCUGCAUUAGCUAUACUCACAGAUGAAGAUGAUGUGAAGUAUAAAAUAUUACAACUACACAAUGGCAAAUGUUUUACAAAGCUUGUAGCCAUGGCAACCUUAUCAAGUCAUACAGAUGUGCAAUAUAAUAGUGUUGGUAUCCUCGGCCAACUUUCUCUUGUCCCCCUACCAGAACCUCUAAAGGUGGAAAAUAGGAAAGGUAUUCUAUUGUAUAUAGACAUGUUCCUGAAAUCACCAGAUCCAAACUUUAUACAUGUUGCCUUGUGGACGUUGGUGCAAUUACUUAAAGAUCAAUUUUUCCUACAAGCCUUCAGAGAACAUGAUAUAGAACAAGUUAUAACAAAAAUUCAUCAGAUCUCAUCACAACCUACAACCAUUGAUGAACUUGCUGAAACAGCUCUGAACAUGCUCAGAGGAGAAGGAAGUCCAACUUCCAGUGAUGACUGACCAAUCACAGUCAAAGAUAAAUUCAUGUGAUAUCUGAAUGACAAUGAUCAUGAACUGCCAAUAAAAUUAUUGUCAAAGUGCUAAUACUUCAUGGAAGUAGACACGAGAUGAAGUUUAAAAGACUGAGGAUCAUGCAGCCUUACCAUCAUUUUUACUUACACAGAGUGACAAUAUUUAUAGAUGGACAACCAUUGUAUGCAGACAAUCCAUCUUGCCUUGGAAAUUGAAUUUUCCAUAAAUUUUUAUUUUGAACACUUGAUUCCCAUUCAUGUAUAAUUAAAGGGUAAAUUUGAAUUGGAUAAAAAAUCAAAAAUUAAGUAAUGAGAUGAAUUGUCAUUUUUCCAUAGAAAUUUGUUUAUCAUAAUAUCCAGUGAAAUUGAAAAGUAAAUGUUUUGUGGAAUACAGUAUACCACAUAUUGAUUCAAUAAAAAUCACUCUAGAUUGUGAUUUUUCACUGUUAAUGGUGGUGAUUGUGAGGGAGUCACUCUGAAUAUCACUAUGUAUUUUGUAUACUGAGGGAUUCAUUUAUUUUCAAAGGUGCCAAUUUUCAUGGAUCAAGGAAAACAAACAUUUUUGUGAAUCUUUGAUUUCAUGGUUUUGCCGAAGUCUGCAUAAAUCCCUACUUAAUAUUGCACUUCGUAGAACAUUUUAAUUAAUUGUUCGCCUAUUACCACAAAAUCUAUGAAAAUUGGUUUCCCGCUUAUAAUAACAAAUUCACAGUAGAUUAAUAUAUAGCAAAUUUAAGGCCAUAAAUUUACAAUAAUCAGCAGUCACCCUGUUUUUCAUUGAUUCACUUAACACUAGCAAGAACUUUUGUGUUUCAACUUGUGUGUGCCAUUAAAUUUUAUUGUAAGUAAAUGUAAUUUACAAGGUGACAAUGACAUUUUACUGUGGAUUCAUUUAUGUUUUGUGGAUACCAUUUUUUGUUGAUUGAAGACAUAUUUUAUGUUUGUGGAUAUUUGAUUUUGUUAUUCUGCCAAGUUCUGCAUACAAGCCUAUAGAAAAUUUGUACUUUGUUAAACAUUAAAAUUUGUAGUUCAUCGAUCACCAUUAGCUAGGAAAUCCACGAAAAUUAGUAUCUGACAAAUAAUAAUGAAAUUCCACAACAUUUAAAAUGGUUGUUUUGUAGCUUAGAUUGGCUCAAUACAUGUUGUGGGAAGUGUAGAAGUGUUAUGACAAUGUUUUUUUGUAGUAUUUUCUAAGCACCGCCUUUUUGUUUUAUGUGUUGUAGAGGCUUUAACAAUGUGUUUUAUUCUUAUAUGAUAAUUUUAUCUAUCUUAUUUAUUUUACUUCUUUUUAGCAUUGAGCAUUGAUUAAGCAAUAGACCAUUUUCAUAGUGCCGACUUUUGACUUUUGAGUUUAUAUUUUUUCUACAGGUUACCAUCUCUGUGGUAGGACAUCCUGGUACUCAGUCAAGUAAGAGCAACCUAAAGAAGUAAAAUCCAGCUUACAAUCGGUAAUAUGGGGGGAAAAUUUUCUGUUUUAUCGGAAAACAGUAAACUUUUCCAGCAAAUUGCACCGAUUAUAUAUUUGAUUUUACUUGUUUUGGAUGCUCUUACCUGACCAAGUACCAGGAUGUCUGACCAUAGAGUAGGUAACCUGUCGAACAAUUAUAUAAUCCGGAGUCAAAAGUCGGGAAUAUGAAAAUAGUAUAUUGUAAUACUUGUAAAAUGUCUAUGACUAAUUUUUUUAUCGUUUAUCAUUUAUCUUUUAUCGUGUUUAUUUUACAAUUUUUUUUUUAAUACUGAAUAACUAAUCUUGGAGCAUUAAUUCAGCAAUUUUAAUACUUAGAAAAUGUUUUAGAAAUUGAAUUAGGGAAAGUAUGCUCUGAAUAUAAUCACGUUGAGAAUGUUUAUGGGUGAUUUAUUUUCAGAAAAAAUAAGAAAAAAUAAUGCAUUUAUAUAUACAUCUAUGUGAUAUGUAUUUAAAAAAUGAAAUAAGUAAUCCUUUCAUCCUAUAAACAUGAUAAAUAAUACUUAUAACUCAAUUUGAAAGUUAUGAUUAAUUUUUAAACCAAGAUGUGUUCCGAUUUUUCUAUUCAUUUUCCUUCUCACAUUUUCAUAACAUUCGUUCAAAUUUUACAUUUUACUAUAUUUAGAAAAUUGAAUUUUAUGAAGAGAACACAAGGUUUCCUGAAAACAUGUUUUAUUUCUGUUAUUCAUACCAAUUUUCUUCUUCAAUUUUUACCCUUUGAAGACAGUAAUUUAAUUUGGCAUUUUAUAUUUCAUCAUGCUGUCAAAUUAUUGUUAAAAUUUUACAUUUUGUAUUUUGAUUUUAUUAUUCAUCAUGAGUCAAACAUUAGGGGGGUAGGAGUGGGUGUCAUCAUUAAUUCCCUGAAAAUUUGACCUCUAUUGGAGUAAUCUCAAGUUUCUGAAUGGAAAAAAGUCAAUGUGAGACCAAACUCUUCAAGUAACAUGAAGCCAAAUGUAUUAUGUAUUUUUAAAAAGUCAAGAAGGGACCAAACGGGGCUUGGAAUAUGAUGUGUAAUGUUUCUAUUAGCACUCCAUAUAAUUCAAUAACACCUUAUCUUAAGUUCUGGUAUUUUACUACCAUUGACAGAAUGACAAUUGCAAGACAAUCAUUUUUGUUCUUUUACAUCAAAUAUUUUCUUUAAUAACACUUAAAGGGAUAAAUAUUUUACUAUCAAUAUUGGACAAACUUGAGAUUAUUGUAUUUUGUCUUGUAUAGACAUUCUUCAUAAUAUCAACUUCUCAGUCUUUUUUGCCAUUUUUUUUUAAAUGCAUAUAGGCAUUUGAUCUUUUUACCUCCUAGGGAAUUCAUUUUGCUUUUCAUUAAGGAAACUCGUACUAGUAUUUCACUAAAAUUGAUCAAAUUUUACAAUUCUGACUUCUGUAAUUGUAGUUCUGAAUAAAAGUUAAAGAUUGUAUAGUACAUGAGAUACAUUUAAUGGUAGUUAUUUAUAGGAUUUUAAGCCUCAUGUUUCCUCUGUUUUAUUUAUGCAGGUUGGUAAUGUAUGAGUCUGUUUGAUAUUCUGUACACAGAAUGAGUUCAAAGACUUAUAAAUUAGAGAUAACUUACGAUAUUUUUGUCUUUCUUUAUAAAAAUGAUCUGAAUGAUAAUUUUACUACCCGUUUUAUACAUAUAUUUUAUAAUUUUUAGUCUACAUCAUUCAUGUAUUAUUUUGUAAUAUUUAUUAUUGAUUUGUGAUUGUGAUACUGAUCUCAAGAAGUCACAGAUUGGGCAAUUUCUGACAAAGUACAUAUUAGUUUGUACAAAUACAUGUUUAAUCAACUGAUUACAAAAAAGCUCCUGUAGUUGUGUUUUUCAAUAUUUCUAUCCAAUCUGAAAUAUUAUAAAUUCUUCCUAAAUAGGCACAACUUCUCUUAGGAGUAAACCUAGAAAUUUUUCUGUCAAAUCCUCCCAAGUCUGGAAUUCUGCAGAUGAAUAAAAAGUAUUAAGAUAUGUCAAAAGAUCCCUAUUUACAAGGUUCUUAACUUGGGAGGGGCACAUACAAAUGUGAUGGGAAGAACAAUUUUUGUAUCUCAACCCUCCUUUUUUUCAUUUUCAAUCAGAAGAGUAACAAAACAUACAUAAACGAAUACACAAUAAAAACCUGUACAGGAAAAGAAAAAAUAUGUAAUAGAUAAUACAAAUACAAAAUUAAUAACAGAUUAUUCCAUAUUGUCAAGAUUAUAAGAAUGAUUUGCCAAGAUAAUGUUGAUGUUAUUUAUUUGAUUGAUUUUUGGUGUUUUAACGCCACUUUUAAGCACCGCUUUUUGGCUAUUUCGUGGCGGCCAGUUUUUAUUUGUGGAGGAAGCCAGAGUGCCCGGAGAGAACCACGACCUUCGACAGGAAAACUGACAAUCCUAGUCAAUUAAGAUUGGAGUCGAGUGUACACGCACAAGCGGGGUUCGAACUCACAACCUCAGUGUUGACUGGCUAGUGAUUACAGUAGUAACUACUUAGACCACUCGGCCACCCAGGCCCCUUGAUGUUAUUUAAGAUAAUAAGUUUUUCAAUGGUGUUUUUAAAGGAAGUGUAUUUUGAAUUUAAUGGAUAAGUUAUCAAACCUAAAUAAUCUUGUGAAACUGUUAGCAACAGCAAAUAAAUAAUCAUAUCAGAAGCCUGUAAAUCAGUGGUUGUGAUAUGUUGCUAUCUGCAAUAUUUGUUUUUUCUCUAAAUUGUCUUUGCAUUGAACAUGCAUUUGGUGGUUUGCUUGAAACGUUUCACAUUUUGUCUACUGGGACCUUUUUUUUUAGCUUACUAUAUGUAAUGGGUUUUUCUCAUUGUUGAAGGAUGUAUGGUUAUAACCUUAAGUGGAGUUUUCUUCCUAUAUAAAGGUAUACUAAGAAGUGCCACUGGUAUGGGUCACUUUUUUGGAAUUUCAAAUUUACCAAUUGGGUACAAUUUCACAGAGGUUAUUAACCAAUAGAUAGAAAUUCAUGUCAUUUGGUCAUAAAUUUUCAUCUUUUGUUAAAAUGACUGUAAAAACUGUGUAUGGAUCUUUUUAUUUUGUGAUAUAAAUGAUCCCAUGUGGUUAAGUCUUAAUAAGAUGUCAUGACAGUUGGGAAAUAAAUAUAAAUGGGUAAUGAUUUUUGUAUGAAACAUGAAUUUGUAAGGAUAUUCGUAUGAAAUAUAGGAAUUGGUAAGGAUUUUCACAUAAAUCAAUACAUGAAUGAGAGGUGGUUUUUAAAGCCAAGCCGGGCGUCAGAAUUAAAAUGUAUAUUUAUAACAUUUUUAUCCACGGCCAGUAGAUGUUCAAUAAAAAAUCAUAUGACAAUGUAUACCAUAGCCAAUAGAUGUUCAAAGAAAUAUUGUUUUAAUCAAAUAAUUCAGAUACUCCUAUAUGUUAUUAAUGUUUUGUUUACAUUAUUUACUAAUAAUAUUACAAUAGAUAAUUAAGACAUUGUAAAGACAUUCCAUGCAAAACCACUAGUCAUUUACAUUUCAUAACUAUUUCAUUGCACACAUAUGUAUACAUGUAUAUGUACAUUGUUCUAGAAAUUCAGGAAUCAUUGAUUUUAUCAUUCAUUUUGCUCUUUUUAUUCAAUAUUAUAAAUUUAUCUCAGUUAUUUAGUCUUUGUUAAUUUACAGGUCUCAAUUCUGACAGUUAUUGACUUGAAUUUGUUUUUCUUCUUUACUAUUUUUUCUGGUAUUUAUUUAUUUGAUUAAGUUUAAGAUGCUUUCUUGCCUAAUUGCAUCUAGUUUUAUGAUCAUUCCAACUCAAAAUUUUUGAAUUCAUUGUUUUACCAUAAUCUUCCUUUAAGCCUACAAAAGAUUUGAACUUUGUUGAACUUUUAAAGUCGUUGUUCACCUUUAGCCACAAAAUCCAUGAAACUUGGUAUGCCACGAAUAAUAAUGAAGCCACAGUUACUACUUAGACUGCUACAAUAUGUAUAAAAAAUACACUUUAUCUAACCAGUUUUGGCUAAUGUAUGUACCAGAAGGACAUUGUAUAUUGUUUUAAAAAGGGGGGUGUAUGUAUGUUAAUAACUUCUCAGAAGUGUUUAGUGUUAAUAACUUUUUAGAGGUGUUUAGAUCUAAUUUUAGAAAACAGGACAAUAUUUUACUACAUGAUUUCACCUGACUGGGUAUGAUUGAUUAAAUCAUGCGAUUGAUGGACGUUCUUAUCAAGUAUCACUUAGGGCGGUUUUAGAAUUGAAUGCAUAGAAGGGUGGACAGUGGAAGCACUUUUCAGACCCCAACCACUCAUAAUUUAAAUUUUCAUUUUACUUUUAAUUAUUCCAAAAAUCUAAGGAAAAUGCAACCACUCACAUUUAAUUAAUUUGAAUGCCUCCCAUCCCCUCCACCAUGAUCAAUUUAGGAACAGCGCUUGUUGCUUUUUUCUCAAAUAAAACUUUUGUCAGUCACAUGGUUAUGCCUAUCAAACAAAGUAGGUGAAAUAAGGUAGAAAUAUAUUGUUCUAAACUAUAGAUUUAACUAGCUUUUAUUGAAUAGAAAUCAAAUAGUCUUGCUAGUAUAAGCCAUACCCAUGCAAUCAGGUGACAUUCUUCAGGGCUCACGCUAGCAGUCGACUGGGGUGACAAAGUCGCUUUCCCUUCCGUCACUUCGCUUUGCCUGCCCGUCAACAGCGAUAUCUAGUCGCCCUGGUGUUCACAAUAGUCGCCUGCAGUCACAUUCGUCAAAGAAUUUCUUUAGUAAUAUGUUGUACUUUUUAAUAUCCAAUAUAUCUCUGUUAUUUCAGCUAUAUACUGGCAUAUACACUAACAAUCAUCAGAAUAGUCAUUAUGGAUUACAUGUGUGCAACUGUUUUUGUGUCCUUUAUUACAUGUGCAAAUAAUGUAACAUACAUUCCUACAUUAUUAAAUGUGCAAGUUAUGUCAUAUUUAAUGCUUUACAUUCCUACUGUAUUACACCUGCAAGUAAUGUCAUUUGUAAUAGUAUACAUUCCUACUGUAUUACACCUGCAAGUAAUGUCAUUUGUAAUAGUAUACAUUCCUACUGUAUUACACCUGCAAGUAAUGUCAUUUGUAAUAGUAUGCAUUUCUACUUUAUUACAUGUACAAUUUAUGUCAUGUUUCAUACUGUACAUUACUACUUUAUUAGAUGUACAAGUUUUGAAAUGUUUAAUGCUAUACUUUCCUAUUUCACUACAUGUGCAAGUUGUGUAAUGUUUAAUACUAUACAUUCCUACUUUAUUACAUGUACAAGUUAUUUUAGGUUCCUUGUAUGCUGAACUAAGUAUUAAAAUUGAUACAAUUCAUUAAAAAA